AUGUAAAUUCUCAUUGAAUUGUCAGUAGGUGGAGUCUUUCCAAUGUUUCACUUAUUGAUUUUUUUGUUAAAUUCAGUUUAUAUAUUUAGGUUUAAAAGCAUCUGAAAAUUUAAAUUGUAAAAUUCAAGUAAAAAAAAAAUGUCACAAAUUGUGGAAUUUUCAAAAUUUCGUAAUGAAAAUAUUUUCAAUGAUGCAUCACUGCGUCUGAGUGAUGGUACAUUGCUACCAGUUCAUCGUGUAAUCCUCUGUUUAAAAAGCAACUAUUUUCUUUCACUCUUUACAAAUCCAUUGAAGCACAAUGGGAAGGGGAGUAAUGAGUUUUUCAUACCUGGCAUAAGGAGGGAAAUUAUGGAAAAAAUUCUACAAUUUAUCUACACGGAAAUGCUUGAAUUUGAGUAUGACGAAAUUUUUGAACUACUCACGGUGGCUGACUACUUCCUCAUUGAUGGGUUAACAGAGCAGUGUCGGGAUUUUCUCAAAAAUACCCUCAAUCCAAAAAAUUGUGUAAAAAUCUUCCUUUUUGCGGAAGCACGUUUCCAUCGGGACGUUAUGGAGGCGGCAAGGAAAUUUAUUCUUGUAAAUUUCCUCAAAGUUAUGAAUGUCUGUGAGGACUUCACCAAGCUAGACUAUGAGCAUUUCAACCAAAUUAUCUCAAGCGACUUGCUGAAUGUUAAAGAUGAACUAUCAGUGUGGAAUGCGUGUCUCAAUUGGAUCAAUAACUCACCGGAUGAGAGGAAAAAGCUCAUUUAUCAACUUGUGCAACUUGUUCGAAUGUGUCUCAUGAACGCGGAAGAUUUCCAGACUUCCAUUGAGCGGCAUCCUUACGUGUUAGAGUGCACCAAGGCUAAAAGUCUCAUUGAUUUAGUCAAAAAAUUUCACCUUAAAUCUGAACUGUCUCAAGAAAUUUUUGAGUACAAAUUGGCUCUUCCGAGAUUACCCCAUGAGGUGAUUGUGACAUUGGGUGGGUGGAGUGAGGGUUCGGCAAAGAUGGAAAUUGAGACGUAUGACACACGCGCGGAUCGAUGGAUUCUCAUCGGGUGUGAGGAUCCAUUUGGCCCACGUGCCUAUCACGGGAGUAUUGCCAUUGGGGAGAAAAUCUACUGCAUUGGUGGCUUCAAUGGGAGUGAAUACUUCAACAAUUGUCGCAUAUUUGACACGGUUACGAGGACAUGGCACCCCAUGGCACCCAUGAAUGUUCGUCGGUGCUACGUGAGUGUUGCCCUACUCAAUGGCAACAUUUAUGCCAUGGGUGGAUUCGAUGGGAGCGUGAGGCAUAGAACAUGCGAAAUGUACGAUCUCAAGACGAAUCUAUGGACAUUCGUUGCUCAAAUGAAUUCUCAGCGUUCCGAUGCAUGUGCAACCGUGAUGGAUGGUAGAAUCUACAUUCUCGGUGGAUUCAAUGGGCAUGAAUGCAUGAAUACGGCAGAGGUGUACGAUGCUGAGCUAAAUGCGUGGUCCCUUAUACCGCAAAUGAUACACAGGCGUUCGGGUCUCAAGUGUAUUGCACACCAUGGGAGAAUUUACGCAAUAGGCGGCUUCAAUGGGUUGGUACGCUUGAAACACUGUGAGCAAUUCAAUCCGACGACAGACACGUGGAGUCCAAUUGCCGAAAUGCUAUGUCCACGAAGCAAUUUUGCCAUUGAAGUCAUCGAUGAUAUGAUUUUCGUUAUGGCUGGCUACAAUGGUACAUUCACCAUUUCCGAUGUGGAAUGCUAUGUGCACGAGACGGAUGAAUGGAUGAUGGUCACGAGUAUGAAUAUUGUCCGUUCGGCACUGUCUGCCAAUGUAAUUAGGAAUACACGUAACAUUCAAGAUUAUCUCUAUCCAUGGCGGGCUGAAUUGAUUGAGGAACGUCACCAAACAUCCAUCCAUGCCACUGAUAGUGAAACUGAAAAUUUAUCUGUCCAAUAAUGAUGCAAAAUUCUCUAGAAUUUAUUAAUUAAAUUCACACACAAAGAAAGAACAACUUCUGCUGAAAAUCUCUCGCACACAGACUCUCGGUCAAUCCAUAGUUAAGUACGAAGAAGUCACCAGACGGGGUAGAAAUUGAACAAACAACACCAUGUACGUGGUAAUUGCACUAAUCAUCUAAAUGAGAAAAAGCACAAAAAAUACGAUAAAUAAAUAACAAAGAGAAAAAAAAG